UUCUGUAGCGGCACCAGGCGGAUGUGACGUCAGCCGGUAUGAAAACAUGGUGGAACAGGCUGAAAUCCGCGUGGUUCGCCAGGGAGGCAGUAAAAUAACCUUCAGGGAGCCGGUUAUCAGCUCCGACUCCAGGUUCCUCCUCUGCGCCUCCGGACACACCGUGAAGGUGUUCAGCACCGUGACCGAGGAGUGCGUCCAGGAGCUGCGCGGACACACGGACCUGGUGACCGGCGUGCUGCUCAGACCCUCCAACCACCUGCAGGUCUACUCCUGCUCAGCAGAUGGCACUGUCAGACUUUGGGACUUCACAGACGGGAUUCUCAUAAGGACGUACGUCAUCGGAUAUCCCAUCUUCUCCAUCUUUGCCUCUGCCAGCCAUGAUGGGGUCGUCUUUAUCGUUACGGCCUCACAGCGAGAUAACAGAUCCGACGCCUUCCAGCUGGUGGCCGUCCAUCUUCCUGCCUGCGCCGACCAGCUGGUGGAGACCACGGAGCUGUCGGCGGUGCUCGGCGACGUCAGCGCCAACCCGGCGGCCAUCGCCUUCGGCAGAGCGGGAGAAUAUCUGGCCUCGGCCAACGGCUCGCAGCUGGAGGUCUACUUCUUCAAGAAGAAGAAGUCCCACAGGUUCUCCCUGAAGGACGAGAACAAGAACGGAGGCAGGAACACGCUGACCUGCGUCGCCUGCCACCCCACAGACGACUGCGUGGCCACGGGGCACGAAGACGGUAAAAUCCGGCUGUGGAGGAACUUCAGCCACAGGAAGGAGUACACCUACUCCACGCUGCACUGGCACCACGGCGCCGUCGCCUCCCUCCGCUUCACGCCUGAAGGGUCCAACCUGCUGAGCGGCGGCCUGGAGUCGGUUCUGGUCCAGUGGAGAUACGAGCAGGAGAGCCAGCGGAACUUCCUGCCCCGCCUCGGCGCCGCCAUCACGCACAUCGCCGUCUCACCGGACGGGUCGCGGUUCUGCACGUCCCACAGCGACAACAAAAUCACAAUAAUCCAGAGUUGUGUGAAAGUGUCGUCCAUCAUUCAGGGUCUGGUCACAGGUGAUGAGGUCCAAACGGACCUGAUGGUGGACCCGCGCAGCAAAGCGCUGGUGCUGAACGGGAAACCGGGUCACCUCCAGUUUUACUCCCUGCAGAGAGACAAACUUCUGUUCAACCUGGACAUCGUGCAGCAGGAGUUCAUCCACCAAUCGGGUCUGGACCAGUACCAGGUGGUCCGGGCGGCGUUUGAUGGUUCUGGCAGCUGGCUGGCCACCGUGGAGGAAAGGAAGCAGAAAGCUGCGGAGGUGGAGGUCAACCUCAAGCUGUGGGCGUUUGACGACCACACCCAGAGUUUCGUGCUGAACACGACCAUCGCGGCGCCCCACGAGGCCCGGAUUAGCGGCCUGUGCUUCGACCCGGCGGCCGGCAGCCGGACCGCCGUGCUGGUCUCCAGCAGCGCAGACGGACACUUCAAAGCCUGGCGGCUGGCGGCGCCGCCGGCCCACACAGACGACGAAGGAGCUUCCUGGUCAUGUGACUUUGUGGGAGCCUAUCACGGCCUGGUGCCUGGGUGCUGCAGCUUCUCUGCCGACGGCUCACUGCUGGCCGUCAGCUUCCAGGAGGUGGUGACCGUCUGGAGCCCCGCGUCCUGGGAGCUCCUGGCAACGCUGUCGCAGCCGCCGGGAGACGUCAGGAAUCUCUGCUUCGGCCGUCUGAGCUGCUCCAAGUAUCUCCUGGGAACCACCACCAAGCUGCUCUGCUGCUGGAACCUCCUCACCUGCUCCUUGGAGUGGAGCACGUCCAUGGAGGUCAGCCUGCUGCUCGCCGACCCGCUCUCUGAGAACAUGGCCGCCUUCUGCCACCAGGACGGCUCCGCCGACCUGUUUGUCUUCAAGCCCAGCGAGCCUCUGCCGCUGUUUUCCCAGAAGGCCGUGUGCCCGGGGCGGGUGACCCGCGCCGUCUUCGCCCCGAGGGAGGUGAUGCUGGAGAGCUGCGAGGAGAGCAGCCAGUGGCUGAACCGCUCGCGGCUCUACUUCCUGACGCCGCAGAUGGACCUGCUGACGUUCUCCACCAAAGCAGAGGAGCAAAGUCUGCUGGCCUCCAGCAAACAGCUCGUGAUUGACGACGCCGUCGCCAUGACGCCCUUCUACCUGUUGCUGGGGAAACACCAACGGUCCGGAGCAGAGGCGCCGGCGGGCGGCCCGUCCUCCGGGAGCCCGGCUCUGCCUCAGAGCUCCGCGGCGGUCAGAGAGCUCCUGCAGACGCCGGCACACGUCCUCCCCGCCGCCUCCUUCCUCUGCUCCGCCUUCCUGGAGUCUCUGCUCAUCUCCGUCACCGACGACAGGGAGGAAACCGGACCUGCAGACCAGGAAAUGGAGAGUGAGAAAGAAGAAGAAGAAGAAGGUUCUGAUGAGGAAACGGGAGCCGGAGGCACGAGACCGGAGGAGGCGCCGUCGGGCGGGGCCCAGACGGAGGGCGCCGCUCCGGGCCUGACCAGAACCCAGGUUAGGGAACUGAGGAGGGUGAGGAAACUGGACCACAGCUGGCUCGCACGCAUCCUGGACUCCUGAAGAUGGUUCUGGUGGUCCAGUUAACUGGGCUGGUUCUGGUCAAACCGGUCAGGAAGGAGAAGCAACUGGACACAGCAGAACCCGAACGACUCGGAGCGGUUCUCCAGUCAGAAUCAUGACUUUCUGACCCGGUUCUGGAGAACUGCAGAACCACCUGUCCUGUUGGACCGGUACCGUCAGGCGCAUUUUACCCGCCUUGGUUCUGGCGGUUCUGCAGGUUUCCACCAGCUUGUUUGCCAAUGUAACUUUUCACAGAACCAAACUUUUUAUAUUUUACGACACCUGGAAAUAAUAAAUAUUAAAAAUAAAA